CAGUCCGUUAUAACGUCAAAAGAAAUAUGUUUGUGUUGAUAUUUAAAUAUUUUUAAAUACCACCUCUAGCGUAAUGGAUAAUACAGUAUUAAAAAAGAAUAACAUUUGCAGAACAUGUUUGAGCGAGGCGUCUAAUUGUAAGUCUUUAUUGAGCAAAAUGGAAGGUGAAGAUCGUACGCUUUAUGAAGUUCUAUCUUUUGUUACAAGCGUCGAUAUAUCUAUUAGCGAAGAAUAUCCUAAACAAGUGUGUAAUGAUUGCCAUAUUAUGAUAUGUAAAGCUGACGAUUUCAAAAAGAGAUGUAUACAAUCCGAAAGCAUAUUAAAAAGUGGUAUUUUUUUGUCAUUCGACGAUCUUAUAAAGAACGAAAUUAUAAAUAGCACCGAUUUCGAUAUAACAAAAUCACAAUUACCGAUUGAUAACCAACUUCUCAUUGAUAAUAUUUAUUUGAAAAAAAACUCUCGAACAGUAGAAGUCGAAUUGCCAAUUAUAGAAAAUUUUGAUACAUUAAGUUCAGAUAAUUAUAAAUAUGAAAAUGUUAAAGAAGAAAGGGAUGAAGAUAUACUACGACAUGAUAUGGAUAUAUCAGAUGACAUUGUUAUCGGAAAUAGUAACAGUCUCGACUACACACAGAAAGACUUAACUACAAAUAUAUGCAUUUGUGGUUUUAUAUGUAUUGAUAACACCAAGUUUGAAACCCACACUAAAGAAUGUAAGAUUUUUGUAAAUAAAUAUGACGGAGAUGUUCUUUUAUGUCCGUUAUGUAAUGAUAAUUUCCCUAAUUUAAAACAACUGCAGGCCCACAUUUAUACUCAUAAGGAAACUUCAAAUGGUAGUAGUCUUGAGUGCCCCAAGUGUAAGAAUAAGUUUAUUUGUCAAACUUUAUUGAUAGCUCAUUUAAAAACACAUAAAAAUAGAAUUAGAGUUAAACAUAAGAAAUCAAAAACCGAACCCAAAGAUAAAGAUAAUAUUACAAUACCUCUUAAGUGUGUUAAAUGUGAAGAACGAUUACCUAACUUAGACGAAUUAGCGGUACACUUGAAAAAACACAUGCACAACGAAACAGAAGACCAAGAACGAAACUAUCAAUGUUCUAUGUGCAUGAGAAAAUUUGUCCGUAAGAUGUCACUGAUUGCUCACAUAAAACGUCAUGAAGAUAAAGCCCAAAUGAAAUUCACGUGCAAAGCUUGCAAACGUGAAUUUCAACACCAGGCUCAUUUGGAUAACCAUAUUAUCUUAGUACAUUCAAAGGAGAAAGGCCUGACUUGUAAUAAAUGCGGUAAAAGUUUCAUCACACAAGACUGUCUAGACCACCACAUAGAAGGUCACAAGGUUGAUAAGAAACACCAUUGUACGGUGUGCGGGAAGACAUUUACAAUUAUGUCGGCUUUGACUGAUCAUAUUAGGACUCAUACAGGGGAAAAGCCGUUUCUCUGUUCGAUUUGCGGACGAGGAUUUAGUCAGAAGAAUAAUUUAGUUCAACAUAUGAGGCGGCAUGAGGGUUUGAAGCCUUUCAAGUGUGAACACUGCGAGAGAAGAUUUGUGUCGAAGGGUGAACUGCACGCUCACAAUCGUAAGCACAGUGGAGCUCACCCAUUCGUCUGUGAUGACUGUGGGAAUAGUUUCACCACGUCCAGCUCUUUAACGAAGCAUCGUAGAAUCCACAGCGGGGAAAGACCAUACGCAUGCGACCUCUGUUCAAUGAGGUUCGCUGUGCUUGGAACACUGAAGAAUCACAGGCGCACACACACAGGGGAAAAGCCGUACCAGUGUUCGCAUUGUGAAAAGGCUUUCAUACAAAGAACUGACUUGGUCUCUCAUAUCCGUUGCCACACUGGGGAAAGACCAUAUAUUUGUACCAGCUGCGGCCAAGCGUUCAGGAAAGCGUCAGCCUUAAAAGUUCACAUAAAAAUACAUGGCAAGGAAACUAUGAUGGUAUAAAUAAAGGAUGUA